UGUCUACUGCUCAGCUCUCGACAGCUGCAAACCGAAAUCAGCAAUUGUGGGUCUUCUGAUUGUACAGUGUUAUUUAGCCUAGCAAUUCUCCGCACAGAGAUAUUACCGAAACCGGGUCAGUCCAAGCCAAGAAAGAGAAAUUACAGGGUUAUGUUUAGGUUUUCCACGUUAUUUUUCGGCACAGCAUUUCGGCGUACCGAAACAUCCCGUCCCUCUCAACUAACGGUACCAGUCGGUACCAGUCGACCAGUCGUACCCGAUUGGAUAAAAUGUGUUGCCUAGCUGCGGCAGUCAACAUACCGAGCUAACACAACGACACAACAUUCAGUUGCCUUGCCUCUACCCUCUACUGGCCCACAGUGUCCGGUUGCGAAUAUGUUACAGGAAUGGAAAAUCAAGCAAUCGUUAGACAUUCACGCUGGUGAUGUUACCGGUUGCGAUUUUUUCGAAGAUACUUUAGCAACAUGUUCCAACGACAAAACUGUUAGACUCUGGCGCUCUGAUGCCAUAGGUCGCUUUGCUGAAGAAGAGUUUUCCCCACUUUUGGGGCACAGGUACGGUGUGAAUGCUGUGCGAUUCUCGCCCCUUGGAAGUAUCCUCGCAUCCUGUUCGAUAGACGGAACUGCCAUCCUUUGGAACACUCAGAGAGGGGAACAAGUAACGCAACUGCAACACCCGAGUGCUGCAGCGUUACGAGCUUGCUGCUUUUCACUAUCUGGUGCCCUUCUAGCAACAGGAGGGGAUGAUGAGACACUUGUUCUUUGGGACCUCAGCACAAGAUCAAUCAUAAGGAGCCUGGAAGGGCACGUAGCUAUGGUGGCCGCAUGCUGCUUUUCCCCCGACAGCUCAUUUCUAGUCUCAGGUGGGACAGGUGGAGACCUCAAGCUCUGGGAUGCAAGAUAUGGUCAUGGAAAGUGUCUGUUCACAAGGGCAGAGGCUCAUGACUUGGGAGUCAUGGGCUGUGAUUUCAGCCCCCAGUACGAAGCAAGCUCUGCACAAGGGACCCUACACAGCACUUACAUCCUCGCCUCCUGCGGGAACGAUGACCUUGUGAAAGUGUGGAAGGUGCAAGUUGGGACGCACUGCGUCAUCGCCCAUUGUUUCUCGCUCGAGGGCCACUCUGGCAACGUUAUGUGUUGUCGCUUUUCACCUGAUGGAACUACUAUAGCAUCAUCAGCUGGAGACCACAGACUCAUUAUAUGGGAUGCAAUUACUGGGCAGCUUCUUCAGAAAUUGGAAUCGCAGCAAGGGAAUUAUAUCCCUUGCUGCGCCUUCUCGGGUGAUGGAAAUAUUCUGGCAACGGGAUCUAAUGACCGAACAGUUCUAAUUUGGAGUCUUGGAGAGCCAGGGACCACAGAUGAUGAAACCCCAUCAUCGGCAGAAAGCUCAAGGCCAAGUUCUGGUACAAGGCAUCAAGCACCAACCACGCAUGGCUUGGCUGCCGUCGGAAAAUGGUCCGUGGGUGACGUCUGCGAUUGGCUCGAUAAGGUGGGGCUUAGCCAGUACAAGCCAGCUUUCCAGGAACAGUGCAUUGACGGGCAAGAACUUCUACACCUCACGCAUGACAGCCUCAAUACUGCGCUCAAGAUAGAGGCUCUGGGCCAACGGAACAGACUACUGCGAGAGAUCCACACUCUCAAGAAUCCUUUAUGGCAACACUACAGCCUUCCAGAUGAUGAUGGAACACUUCCUGAGGAAUUCUAUUGCCCAAUUACUCAAGAGCUCAUGAAGGAUCCUGUAGUGGCUGCAGAUGGGUACACAUACGAACGGACAGCUAUCAUGCAGUGGCUGGAAAGUGGCAAAGACACCAGUCCUAUGACCAACGAAACGUUGGAGCACACCGUUGUCAUUCCAAACAGGACAUUCUACCUGCUGAUCCGUAAAUACCUUGCCUGAAGCAAUACGUGUCUGGACACGUAGUUAGAGCGUUACUUUCCUUGCAGUUGCUUAAGCCAAAUUCUGCUUCAAACACUGCUUAUUGCUUAUUUGAAGUAUGUAAAGGCAGGGAAACUUAUAAUUGAAGACAUCGUUUAUGCAGCAAACUAUGUCACCUACACAUGCAAGCCUCAUCUUUCGCACCCUAUGAGCUGAUGCACCUACUGGUUACUGGGGCUUAGGACUUUGUGCACAAAAGAAGGGCAAUGUUUGUGUGUAAAGAAUGUGCAGCGAACACUGGCCUUCUAGAAAAAUGUGCUGCUGCUCCGUAAGUCUUAGCGUUUGUUAAUUUAUGAAAAAUGGCAUUUGGUGGCUAAAACGACCACCAGUUUUUGCUCAGUUUGUGAGAAUGCUUACUCACAAGCCAGACACAAAUGCAUGCCAAAUAUCUGCAUUACCUUCAGAAAGUAGCAUUAGUCUUUCCUGAGCAUAUUGCAAACAGUUCUAACUAAAACUACGCAUUUAUUUGUAGCACAAAGUGUAAUUAACGUAAAUCACCACUAUCUUCUUGUGUCCCGAUAAAAUGUGAAACUAAAAUACUGCAUUGGAAGUGCCAAGUCUGCAUGAAGUCCUGUGCCCUAUGUGUCGCGCAGUUGUAGGUGGUGUGUGCACAUAGAAUGAUUAUUGUUGUACAUCAAGCUGUGGCAUAGCCGGGAGGGGAGCGGAGGGGAGGCAAACUCCACCACAGAUUUGUACCUUUGGUAGUGCAUUUCAGAAAGGGAACACAGAGGUGAAAUCUCUCCUCCCCAUCUAAAGUUCCCACAGAAACCCUCCCAAAAAGCUUUUCUGGCUAUACUACUGGCAUCUAGUCACGCAGAAAAGUAGAUUUGAGUAUGAAUUUGUCACGUGAGUGAGUUAGCUGUAGAUAUAGAUACAGUUGGUAUGAGAACUGAUCAUCCAAUUCAGGGACUGGUUUGCUUGUCGGCAAAUGUGGACUUGCCGGCCAAUGUCUUUUCUCCCUCAAUGCCCCUGCGUUUGCACACAUUUAUUCCAGUAUUUCUGCGACACAUUGAAAGCACCUCUGGUAGUCACAUCUUGUGAUUUGGGGCACGUUCCGGUCUUGCUUACGUGUACCUUCCCACAUGAUGCGGGAAUGGAAUAGUAUACAACCCCACCAACACAUUCCACAAAACUCUCUUUUGUGCCCAACACUGCAUGUUGGAGCGCACGAGAGCAGACAAACAAUCCCAGGUAGCAAACCCUCCAUUGCACAGUGGGAAUAAUCAUAGCCACCUGCUAUUUUCCUUUUGGCGGUUACAUUUGACUUCAAAAGACUGGCGCCCACUUUUGAAAUGGGUAUACCGCCUAAAUGUCUUAGGUCAACUUAGCAGGCCUCCCUAAAAGCUGCUUCUGGCAUUUCAUAAAUUUCAGCACUAGUUUUCACAAAACGGAAACACAUCAAUUACACACAUCCCAUGGAACUGCCUUCGUUGUGGUGAAAUACGAUGCACGCUGCACAGAGGGGGGGCACUUCAUGUUUGCGCCCAAGACAAGGUAAACAUGAAGCGCCCCCCCCCCCCCCCCCUCUCACUUCCUUCAGAAGCUCUGUAAACAAACAAAAGAAAAUGCUUAUUUGCACUGCUGAGAUCAUAAAUUCAAAUUCUCUUAAUUCCCACUUUAUACUGUGCAGCCAACCUGCCAGGGCCUGCCAUUUGGCGUCCUCUCCAGCGAGGGCGGCUCCCCCUCUCGUACCCCCAUCGCUACAGCUCCGACGCUGCAAUAGGCAUGCACUGUGAUGCUUCCACAGGGCAGACAUUAGAAAAUACGUACUGCUUUCUGGGCCCGUAAUGUGUGCUAAAUGCAUCACUUCGCCCUUCAUUUGCCACGAGGUCUCGCAGGCCAAUCACAACGUUGAUUCGAAGACUCAACCUACCAAAACCGUUUUCACGUGCCACCGUGAGACGUUUGGACACGCCAACUUUAAAAAUGACGUUAACGCUCGCUAUGUGCUAGUUCAAGAUUGGGGCCCUGAUUUCGAAGUUUUGCACAUGCACUAGCACAUAGUUCACAUGUGUCAUGCCUUAGUGCUGCUUGUAGUUUCCCUGAAAGAGAUCGGUCCCAGAAUUAAAUAAUCAGUCCUGAUAUUAGGAACCCAGGUCUUGGAAUCUUCACCAAUUCGUUUUGUGCCAUGUUCGUUUUGAUUUCAUGUUUUUCCAUGCUGUGUUUUUUGGCAUGUCUGAUCAUUCUUCAUUUACAUCUACGGGUCAGAAUAAUAUUUAUAUUUGGACGGAUGUAACAUUUCUGUUUUUGAUGUAAUGCACUGUUUUGGUACUCGGAUGAUUUACAUGAAAAACGAUCGAAAAGAUAACCAACGAAAGACAUGUUUUUCUGCUCAGAAAGCAAUGUUUGAUUGUGUGUGUACGUUACUGCAAAAGCUGUGGCAAUUGCACUCUCUCAUGAUCACAUGACCGCCUUAAGCUUCACUCAUUUCCUGUGCAGGUCCCCACUCCGCUUUUUUGGACUUUUUUUUUUGCCAAUUUCAAAUGAUGGAUGCUUUCUAAGUAUUUAGUGGGAAAUACAAAAUGGGAAAGUGCGUAUAUUCACACAGAAAAAUACAUCCAGUUAUGUGAUAUGAUGUUAAGGCAAGGGCAUAUAAGGAUGCAAACUCUGUAUUGUACAAGUGCUUAGUUUCAUUCCUGCACAUUUUGUGGCCUGAAUACUUAAUCAUGAAAACAUAAUUCGUAACAAAGGCACAGAUGUUACACUACAAUCAGUGGACAUCAUGCAUCUCCAAUCUUUUUUUCAAUGCCGCACGAAUGUAGCAAAUACGGUGCCAUUAACUAAAAAUGGAGCAAGUUCAUUAUUCUUGGAACAAGUAUUAACACGAACCUUACAUCAACUCUCUAACAUAACAAUGAAGCAAACAGCUUAAAAUUAUAAAACAUACAACUUUUUAGGGUGCACCUAAAGACAAGUUGGGAACUGUACAAGUUUGCUCUCUUUCCUUUAAUCAUCCAAUGUGAUACAGACUACUUUCCAUACCACACAUUAGCAAAAGUGAGAUGUUGCCAUUCGUUUUGAUACCACAUACAAGAGCUGAUUAUGUGUUUUUAUUGCUAUAACUCGGAGUUGUGCAAUUUAUGUGCUGCAUUAUGAGCUAUUUUUAUGGCACUUAUGUGGUUUAUCUAGUCAGUCAUCAAAAUAAACUCAGAUUUGUUCAGGUUUGCUUUCUUUUCA